CAUUAAAUGUCAAGUGAAAUGAAUCACGGCGGCUCUAAAUAGAGACGAAUUGAACAGUGGCAACUGCAGAAUUUGUGUGUUUAUCCGAGAAAAAAGCGGCCUAAUCAAUUGAAUACUUCAGCAAUAAACGCGCGUAUUACAAAAUCAUUAAAAAUCACGACAGACACAGAGACAACUCCAACUCCACAAGCGACUGACCGCUGACCGCUGACCUGCGAACCCCUUAGAGAGCGAACCUACAGCAAAACACACACAUUCAAGAUGUCAUUUCGGGUGGUACGCAGUUCAAAAUUUCGCCACGUCUAUGGCCAGGCAUUGAAGCGGGAGCAAUGCUACGACAAUAUACGUGUGUCCAAGUCCAGCUGGGACUCCACAUUCUGCGCCGUCAAUCCAAAGUUCCUGGCCAUCAUUGUGGAGUCGGCGGGCGGUGGUGCGUUUAUCGUUUUGCCACACAACAAAGUUGGGCGCAUUGCGGCCGAUCAUCCGCUGGUGGGUGGACACAAGGGACCCGUGCUGGACAUUGCCUGGUGCCCGCAUAACGACAAUGUAAUCGCCUCUGGGUCGGAGGACUGUGUGGUCAAAGUGUGGCAGAUACCCGACGGCGGACUGUCGCGCACGCUCACCGAGCCUGUGGUCGAUUUGGUGUUCCAUCAGCGACGCGUGGGACUGGUGCUGUGGCAUCCAUCGGCACUCAAUGUGCUGCUAACCGCCGGCUCGGAUAAUCAGGUUGUCAUUUGGAAUGUGGGCACUGGCGAGAUCCUCGUGCACAUUGACUCGCACCCGGACAUUGUGUACAGCGCCUGCUUCAACUGGGACGGCUCCAAGCUGGUCACCACCUGCAAGGACAAGAAAAUCCGCAUCUACGACCCGCGCACCGCUGAACUGGAGAGCGAGGCCAUGUGCCACGAGGGCUCAAAGGCGACGCGCGCCAUCUUCCUGCGUCACGGCCUCAUUUUUACCACCGGCUUCAAUCGCAGCUCGGAGCGCCAGUACUCGCUGCGUGCCCCAGAUGCGCUCAACGAACCCAUUGUCAUGGUGGAGUUGGAUACGUCGAAUGGCGUCAUGUUCCCGCUGUACGAUGCGGAUACCAAUAUGAUUUAUUUGUGCGGCAAGGGUGACUCAGUCAUUAGGUACUUUGAGGUCACGCCCGAGCCACCGUUUGUGCAUUACAUCAACACAUUUCAGACAACAGAGCCGCAACGCGGCAUUGGCCUGAUGCCAAAGCGUGGCUGUGACGUUACCACCUGCGAGGUGGCCAAGUUUUAUCGCAUGAACAACAAUGGCCUGUGUCAGGUCAUCUCAAUGACUGUGCCCCGCAAGUCUGAUCUGUUUCAGGAGGAUCUCUAUCCCGAUACGCUAGCGGAGGAUGCCGCCACCACAGCCGAGGAGUGGAUCGAUGGCAAGGAUGCGGAUCCCCUGACAUUCUCGCUCAAAGAUCGCGUCUCUAUUGUGCAGGGUGGCUAUGUCUCCUCAUCGGCCAGCAAGUCGCUGUCGGUCAACAAGAAGGCGAACAUACUCAACAAGCCACGAGGAGGCGGCGGCGGCGGCGGCGGUGGCAGUUCCGGCGCGGGCAGCAGCAGUCUAAGCAUUGGCUAUAACGCAGCUGCGAAUAAUAAUGAUGCCAGCGAGGGUGGACCACCAGCAGCGGUUUUAUCGGAACAAGAUCUGCGCAGCAUUCAGGAUGAGAUACGAAAACUGAAAGCGAUCAUUGUGAAGCAGGAGAAUCGCAUACGUGCCUUGGAGGCCAAGGCCAAUGCCGGCAAUGGCGAUGAGACGGAUGCGCGCAACAAGAAUGGCAGCGGCAGUGGCCCCACGGCACCAGCGUCCGCCUCUGAAAGCAAAGCCAGCGAAAGUGCCAAAGAUCAUGCGUCCACGUCCACGGCAGCAACGCCACAGAAUGAGGAUUAGAAUCUGGAACUGGGACCAGCUCUGGGAAGGCAGAUAGAGAUGAAUUUGGGAGAGACAGAGAACUAACUGCUUGUAGAAGCUCGUCGUCGUCGUCGUCGUUAUCGCUUAAAUUUCUCUAAUGCAAAAUGAUGUUUACGCCCGCAGAAUGUUAGAGAAGGGAAGGAGAAGGAGCAAGAGAAUAGUUAUUGUCGUCUAUUAUUGAUUAUGAUUUCGAUUAUUUAUUUUUAUAUAAUUUAAUAUUAGGUCAUUUAGCGAGCGAAAUCAAUUGAGCGUGAACCGAAACAGAAACUAAACAACAACAAACAGCAAGCUUGCAAAGCUAAGCGCUAAACGUAUAUAACAUAAAAUAUAACAACAACAAAAACAUCCUGCCAAAAAUAUAUAAAAAAAAACCUAACGAACUACCUAAACACAUUGCGCUCCCGAAAACAACAAAAGCAGCGAGAGGAGAAGGGAGUGCAUGUAAACUGUUGUAAAUGUUUACAAAAAGGCAAAGCAUAGACUUAACCGCAAUCAUUUUAAAAGUUAACAACCUCCUACCCAUCGGAUAUUUACACAAAAAACAAAAAUCUUUUCUAUAAAUAGCUUCAAUCUUUGUACGCCCCAUGACAAUAGCUUAUUGGUAGAUUCGAAGCAAAGCAUCCUAGCUGACGUCCAGCGCACUCGCCGCUAAAUUGUUAAAUGUCAGACAUAACGAGUUUAGCGAGCGAAAGGAUUGAGUGUGGAGCAACGUCAGACAUGUUUCGCUUACGAAAUUCAGUAAUUCUCGUUCUAACUAAAAAGUAAGCUGUAUUUUUGGAAUAAAUUGAAAUUUGUAAUUUUGUAAUAAUAAAGCAACAAAGUGGAAUUAA